AUGCAUGCGACCGUGUCGGAUAAAGUGAUCCUGGCCACAGCAGUCAUCAAAAUAAAGACGAAUUCAGGCGAUUUCGUCUUAGCCCGAGCUUUGCUGGACUCUGGGUCACAAAUUAAUUUUGUGACUGAGGAACUAGCUCAGCGGCUGCAUUUGCGUAGAGAAGACUCGUGCAUCAGCUUGCUUGGCAUUGGUGAAUCCAAUUCUCAAGUUAAGAAAAAGAUACACACUGUGGUGAAGUCGCGAGUUGGCUGCAAUGAAUACGCGAUCGAUUUAUGGAUCCUCAAAUCGAUCUCAGGUUAUCAGCCAGAUCACACUGUAAAUGUCAGUGGCUGGAAGAUACCUGACAAUAUUCAGCUAGCGGAUCCCUAUUUCUUCAAACCGCCGAAAAUUGAUCUUCUUAUCGGCGCUGAAACAUUCUUUGACCUAUUGUCCGUUGGCCAAAUCAAGCAAGGUCCAGAGUGUCCAAUCCUCCAAAAGACAAGCCUUGGGUGGAUUGUCUCGGGGCGGUACACUCCUGGUGAAAAAUCUCACCAGAAGAUGACUGUCAAUCUGAGCUAUCAGGAAGAAAGUUUGAGCUCGAUUGACAAAACCUUGCUGAAGUUUUGGACUGUCGAAGAUGUGCGCUCUCCCUCCAAAGUCCUUUCCGCUGAACAACAAAGUUGUGAAGAUCAUUUCACAAAUAAUGUGAGAAGAUUGCCGUCUGGUCGUUUCGAAGUAAGACUGCCGUUCAAAUCAGAUUCGCACCAGCUUGGGUGCUCAUUUGAAGUUGCUAAACGGCGGUUUUUGUCGCUUGAAAAACGCUUAACUCGAGAUCCCGAGUUAAAGCGAAUGUACUUGGAAUUUAUGGAAGAAUAUGUAGAGAUGGGCCACAUGUCCGAAGUGAGUCACAUCCUUCCAAGUACACCACACUAUGUGAUUCCGCACCAAUGUGUAUUACGGCCCCAAAGCACUUCGACAAAGCUGAGGGUCGUAUUUGAUGCUUCGUGUCGCACUUCGACACAUAAGGCGUUGAAUGACAUUCUGAUGGUCGGGCCGACCAUUCAAGAAGAGCUGUUUUCGACUCUGCUUCGUUUUCGAUUGCAUAAAUAUGCAUUAACAGCCGACAUCAAAAAGAUGUACCGCCAAGUUAUGGUGCACGAGGCAGAUCGAAACUAUCAGCUCAUAGUGUGGAGAAAAGAUCCAUCAGACUCGUUGAGAUUAUUCAGAUUAAAUACUGUAACAUAUGGCACUGCGCCAGCGCCAUUCUUGGCCAUACGGUGUUUGAUCCAGCUGAGCGAGAUUGCGAAAUCCUCGCACCCCAUGGCAGCUGAGGUUAUCAGGCAAGACUUCUACGUUGACGAUAUGUUGACUGGUGCCGCAUGCGUCGAGGACCUGAAGACAAUUAAGUCUGAAGUGUCGCAGAUACUGCUAGGAGCAGGUUUUGAACUUGCGAAGUGGUUCUCGAAUGCUCCUGGGUUCUCCGCAUCAAACAGUACACCAAAGCCGAUAACGAUCUCCGAGACUGACGCAACCAAGACUCUAGGUGUGAUUUGGUUGCCAAAUGAAGACGUGUUCCAAUUCCGGAUCGACGAUUCAUUCAUGGGUCUUAAAGCGACAAAACGGAACAUUCUCUCGGUGACAUCGCGGUUAUUCGAUCCGCUUGGCCUAUUGAGUCCCUUAAUUAUAAAAGCAAAGAUACUGCUUCAAGAGCUCUGGCUUCAAAAGUUGGAGUGGGACGAAUCCAUACCAUUGAGUUUGGAUACAUCGUGGCAGCAAUUGAAGUCAAAUUUGACACAAUUGCAAAAUAUAAAAGUGCCACGAUAUUUGUUCACAGAGCCUACGUCACCGAUAGAGAUACAUGGCUUCGCCGACGCCUCAAUAAGAGCGUUUGUUGGUCGAAGAGGAUGUCCGAGCCGAGUCCAUUGCGACAACGCGACGAACUUCGUCGGAGCAAGUCGCCAUCUGGAGGAGCUAAGGAGGCGAGUCGAGGCCGAGGAGAACGCAGUUCGCGACUUCGCAUCAAGAAGCGGAUGCGAAUUUGCGUUCAUACCGCCGAGGGCUCCUCACUUCGGAGGACUAUGGGAGGCAGGUGUGAAGUCUGCAAAGCACCUACUCCUACGGACGGUGGGCAACGCCCUGCUCACGCUCGAGGAGCUGCAGACAGUGGUCGUGGCGGUCGAGGCGGUGCUCAACUCCCGCCCGCUAGGAGCCGUAAGCCAAGACCCCAACGACGGCGAGGCGCUAACCCCAGGGCAUCUACUGGUGGGCGGUCCACUGGUGGCACCGGCAGCAUCGCGGACCCCGGACCAGGAGGGUCUGAGUUGCUUAAGGCGAUGGCGAGCUGUCUCGUCGCUCAAGCGAGCGUUCUGGCAGCGAUGGUCCCGGGAGUAUGUGCUCGGCCUGCAGGCACGGGCCAAGUGGGACCAGUUGCAGCCGAAUCUGCAGGUCGGAGAGCUCGUCGUCGUCGCAGAAGACAACCAGCCGCCGAUGCAGUGGAUGGUGGGUCGAGUCGUGGCGGUAUACCCAGGAGCGGACGGGGCGGUGCGCGUCGCAGACGUGCGAAGCAGCACAGGAGGGCUGUUUAAACGGCCAGUACAUAAACUAGCGCCUCUGCCAAUAGCAUGA